AUGGAGCACGUGAACGAGUGCAGCGGCUAUGCGCUCGGCGCUGUGGGUGCGGUGACGCUCUGCUUGCUGUAUCUGCUGCUGCGGACAGACGCAGAGGCGCCGGUGCCGUACCGUGUCGCGCCGCCCGCGCAGGCACAGCCGGGAUGGAGGGGCGUGGUCCUCCAGGAGCCCACGCUGAAGGUCUCGGGCUCGGCGCUCAUCCAAUGCUACGCGCCCGCGACGGGUGAAGCUCUCGGGCACGUCCACCCGUCCACAGCAGCAGGCAUCGACCGCGCCAUCGCCAGAGCAAAGGCGGCGCAGGUGCCGUGGGCGCGCACAACCUUCGCCGAGCGCAGACGCGUUCUCCGCACGAUGCUCCGCUUCUUGCUCGAGAACCAGGCGACGAUUGCGCGCGUGGCGUGUCUGGACUCGGGCAAGACCAUGGUCGACGCCGCGCUGGGCGAGAUCCUGGUGACGGCGGAGAAGCUGCGCUGGACCAUCCGCCACGGCGAGGAGAGCCUGCAGAACGAGCGCCGCCCCACCAACCUGCUCAUGGCGUACAAGUGGAACGAGGUCGUGUACCAGCCGCUGGGCGUCGUCGCCGCCUGCGUGUCUUGGAACUACGUCUUCCACAAUCUGCUCUCGCCCAUCAUCGCCUCCAUCUUCGCCGGCAAUGCCAUCGUCGUCAAGGGCUCCGAGGCCACCGCCUGGUCGUCGUCGUACUUUGCCUCCAUCGCCACCCGCGCCCUCGAGGUGUGCGGCCACUCGCCCGACAUUGUUCAGUCGCUCGUCUGCUGGCCUCACGUCGCCGACCACCUGACCUCGCACCCGGACAUCGCCCACAUCACCUUCAUCGGCUCGCGCCCCGUCGCCCACCUCGUCUGCGCAUCGGCCGCCAGAGCCCUGACGCCUGUGUGUGUCGAGCUCGGCGGCAAAGACCCGGCCAUCGUGCUCGACGACCUGUCCGACGGCGACUUCAGGCGCGUCGCCAGCAUCCUCAUGCGCGGCACCUUCCAGUCCGCCGGCCAGAACUGCAUCGGCAUCGAGCGCGUCGUCGCCCUACCCAACGUCCACGACCGUCUUAUCGACCAUCUCACCCCCAAGAUCCGCGCCCUGAAGCCCGGCUCCAUCCUCACCGCCUCGCCGGACACGCCCGUCGACGUAGGCGCCUCGAUAUCUUCCGCCGGCUUCGACAACCUCGAGGCCCUGAUCCAAGACGCCGUCGACCACGGCGCACGCCUCCUCGCCGGCGGCAAGCGCUACACACACCCAGACCACCCGAGCGGCCACUACUUUACGCCCACCUUCCUCGCUGACGUGACGCCGGACAUGAAGAUAGCGCAGACGGAGCUCUUCGCCCCCGUCUUCCUGCUCAUGCGCGCCACCUCGGUCACCAACGCCAUCGAGAUCGCAAACAGCACCGUCUACGCGCUGGGCGCCAGCGUCUACGGCACGGCGACAGCCGACCUCGAGCGCGUCGUGCGCGACGUGCACGCCGGCAUGGUGGCCGUCAACGACUUUGCCGUCACCUACAUGGUGCAGCUCCCCUUUGGCGGCGUCAAGGGCAGCGGCUACGGUCGCUUUGCGGGCAAAGAGGGUCUGCGCAGCCUGUGCAACCAGAAGGCUGUCACGCGCGAUCGCUGGCCCGGCGUCAAGACGAGCAUCCCGCCGCCCAUGGACAUUCCGCUGCGAGGCAGCGGGGCUGGAGAGAGGGCGUGGAGCAUGGCGCAGGGCAUUGUGUGGUUGGGGUAUGCCCCAGACUGGAGGGGGAAGCUGAGGGGCUUGAGGGGUGUCGUGGGGAUGUAG